AUGUCGUGCACUUCCAACGUCUUGCUAUCCCCGAACGGCUGCGUGUUGACAUCGCCCAAGCCUCUUGUCAGAUUCUUCAGCGCAAAGCCCAGCGGACGGAAACUUCUCGUCUCCGUCGUUAGAGCUUCUUCCGACGAUGCUGAUUGUAAUGCCGAAGAAUGCGCUCCCGAGAAGGAGGUCGGGACGGUGAGUAUGGAAUGGUUGGCUGGAGAGAAGACGAAAGUGGUGGGAACAUUCCCUCCUCGGAAGCAGCGUGGCUGGACUGGCUAUGUUGAAAAGGAUACUGCCGGUCAGACAAAUGUUUACUCUAUUGAGCCAGCAGUAUAUGUUGCAGAGAGCGCGAUAAGCUCAGGUACUGCAGGAUCUUCCUCUGAUGGGGCUGAGAACACAGCAGCAAUUGUAGCAGGCAUUGCCCUUAUCGCAGUCGCUUCGGCUUCCUCUAUACUCCUCCAAGUCGGGAAAGAUGCCCCACCUCAACCAAAACCAGUGGAUUACAGUGGACCGUCUCUUAGCUACUACAUCAACAAGUUCAAGCCUUCAGAAAUUGUUCAAGCUUCGGCCCCCGACCUCACGGAAGCUCCGCCGGUGGCUCAGCAAGAAACCUCACUGCCGGAAACUAUGGCCAGUGAGGCUCAGCCAGAAGCCUCAGUGUCGGAAACUACGGCCAGUGAUGCUCAGCCAGAGGCGUCUAUUGUUCCAACAAUUAGUAGCACCUCUUAG